AAUGGCAAUAACUUCCAUGGAGAAUGCCACUAAAGAGGCUUUUUAACCUUUGAAUAACUUGACAGUCGCGCCAAAAUUUAAACUUCGAACGUGUGUGUGUAGUCAACGUGUCGCGAACAUAAAUGCACUUUUCCAGCCAGUCACGAUGAUCUGUAGAUCGCAGUGGUUUGUAAAGAAAUGUGAUCGUACGACGGUCUUUACAAACUGGUCGAUUAGUAUCUGUGGCGAUAUCGUUUAGUGGUAGAAGCAGUAGUUCGGCGAGUGUGGCCGGCCGCGGGCGUGUGACCACUACACCGGCGCGUGCGCAAGGAGUGCGUCACUCGUGUGUCGAAGAAGGCGCAGUGACAUGCGAGCUGCCAGUAGGACAGCGCUAAGGCUUGUGUCAGCACGAGUCGACACCCCACAGGACGAUGGUUGUGACUUCUAAAAGUGAACUCUGUUGACAUGGCUCGCUGGACUCUUCUCUGCAUCCUUUGGAUCAAUCUGAUCCAUCUAUCAGUAUCCAUCUCAUUCGAGUCUGAGCCAGCUCCGCGCGACGGCUCGGCACAUCAGGAGCGGCGCGGUCGGUUCGCCGACGACUCACCGCCAGAGAUCCAGAAAUCUGAACGACUCACUGAGCGAGUGAUUGAAAGAUCCAUCUCACUCACCAGCUCACUGCAGAAGGUGCAAGAAGUUGGGAAGAAGGAAGGAUCGGAUCCGGUUCCUGAGCCAAUCUCUACGAUUGAGAAUGAAUCGCACAGCAUAUUGAGAUACGCAGAAGAAAACCUCUCUAGCAGAGACAAAAUCCUCGAGGGCCUGGAACAUUCUGCGCUUCGCUCCAUCCCUUUCACCAACCUCCGCCGCAUCCAGGAGAAAGAGAGACGGCGACUGCAGACAAGGAUGGAAGACCCAAUCACGAGAGUCGAGAACGGCUCCUAUAAGAUUGUCAACUAUAAGCCUAUCGUUGCUAAUAGGAGAGGACAAGUGACACUAUCCAGCUCGCACACCCGAGACAGCAUAGCGUUCCCCAGCGACCGCACGGAGCCGGGCGCGCUGGAGCCGCGAGUGUCGCCCGCGUGCCGCCGCCUCGGCGUCUGCGAGGACGUGCCCGACUACCCCGACGAGCUGGUCGAGAAGCUACUCAAGAAUCUAGGAGAGGGAAGGAGUCGCUUCAGAAUAGAUGAGUUGGAGCCUCCGGCGAUAGCGCAGAGGAUCGGCAGCGAGAACGAGGAAAUAGAACUGUGUGACUUUGACGAGAAGGUCAUAUUCCCUCGGGCUGCGUCCGAUAGAGACGGCAAGUGGUACUACAUUGUGAACCAGCGGAACUACACGCUCCAGGGCGUCAGAGUGGAGGUCUGCAGGAACCAUGAAGGGGAGUGCAGCAAAAUAGCAUCAUUCCCGAUAACUUACAAGGCGAUGUGUAAACAAAAGAAAGCUCUUCGCCAUCUAACCGCCCUGGACACCAAUGGGAAGUUGAUAGAACUUCCCUUCAGCUUUCCCAGCUGUUGCUCGUGUGUCGUCACUGAAGUGUGAACAAUAGACAUUCACAAAUGAUAAAUGGUGAUCUGUGACCUGGCCCCGCGGCACGAGUAUACGUUAUCGACGUCGAUAAACUCGAUUAAUUCCACCAAUCACAGUACGUGUUUAUAGUGACGCGAUAUAGUGACGUUUAUCUAUGUGGAUAUGGGACCCGUGCAGCGGGGACUGUAUACCUAUGUGAGUGGUUGUUUAAAGUCAAAGUGACUAAAUUUGAAAGCAUACCUACUGAUCUCAUAAUGCUCUCCCUAAUACACGUCGGUGUAAAGACAUUUGAAGGUAGUGAGCUAUUUAAAUUAGUUUGACGAACUUUUUAUCAUUUUAUUAAUUAUUACAAUGUUGUCUUCUAAGCUGCACGAGUGAGUUGUGUUGUGACUCAGAGUAAUUAGAGGCUUAACAUCUCAGGCCUAAGUUACCUAGGUAGUAAGUACCUAUUUACAUAAUAAUAAGAACUACCUACAUAUAAUUAUAAGAUACCUACUUAACAAUUUCAAAGCAUUUCAAUGAAAUUAGUUACAUACCUUAGUAAAUUUAAUCAGUAAUUAGUUAUUUUAGUAACUAAUGAGUGUUUAAGUUUACUACAUAAUUUAUAUAUGUACCUACCUACCUACAUUAGCCAUUUCAGUGACAUUCACCCUACCUACCUACAUACACAUU